UCUCUCUCUCUCUCUCUCUCUCUCUCUCUGUUUCUCUCUCCCAUCAGGCUUCCACAGAAAACCCAAUUUGGGAGAUAUUUCACUCUGCUCUUUCACAUUCUUCCCGAAUUUUAUCAUUCUUGUCAACAACAACUAAAUUAUUGUCAUAUGUGGCCGUUAUUUAUUUGUUACUACCAAGAAACCCUGGGUUCUUGUUUAAGGAAAGAGAGAAAGAUCUACAUUAUCGUAUAAAAAAAAAUUCUAAAAUGAGUUACGAUUUUUUUCUUGCUGGAGUUGUUGAUUAAACCCUGGGUGUGAAUAUUCUAUCAGUGACCUACACCCCCUUAGCCCUGACUUUCUAAGCUUGUUUUUCAAGAUUUUAAAUAUAGUGACUUUUAAAUGAUGAAACUGCUGUUUACAGAGAUUUUAAAUUUUUUUCAUGCUUGCUGCUUUCUAAAAAAUACCCUGAAAAGCAAAUUGAUAUUAAAAUAUGACAGAAUGCGAGUGUGUAUAUUAAAUAAGAGACUGCAGGCAAACUAAUCUAAAAUUAGGUGCUAUAUAUCAGUCUACUAAGAGGAAGCUUGGAGUUAAGCAGAGAUCAUCCCAUAUUUGUUUAAGUAUGAACACUACCCUUUGUCUGUUGUGUUGUGAAAGUGCUUUCAUCCAAGCGUCGGACUGUGUCCUUGGAAACCCUAGCAACAAGGUCAAUAUAAUAGUAAUUCAAGGAACAGAAAUCAGGUCAAGGUAUUUAAUUAGAAACCAGAUUUGUCAAAAGAACAUGAGCAUGCCAGUCAAAACAAAUUUGAGCAUAGCUCCAAUGGUAAAGGUUUCUGAUUCUCUCCUCUCUCUCUCCCACUGUCUCACACACACACACACACACACACACACACACACACACACACCAUAAAGGCAGUGAGAGAGAAGAUAAACCAAAAGAGAAACACGGGGUAGAGAUGAAAGGAAAUCCACCCCCCAACCAUCAUCUUCCAAUCCUGUGCAAACUCAAAGCAUUUUUCUGUAAACCAUCAUCUCGUGGGUCACUGUUGCAGCCCUUGGAGACAGUGAGGGUUCCCUUGGAAUCACACUCUUAAGUAAGUUAGGAGGGAUGGACUCCCCUAAUCCUAGCUGUCCUGCGGGCCUGUCUCCCACCUACCCAGCUUUGCUUAAGAACAGGAUGAGUAAAUAUAAACCAAUCCCCAAGCUCUCCACUCAGUCUCCUGUCCAUCAUACCAACUUGAGGACCCAGCCUUCGGGCAGCGCCUUUAAGGAAGAAGACUUAAACCGGAUUUCAAAAGACUCCUUAGAAUCAGAUUCAGAGAGUCUUCCUCAAGAGAUGAAGUCCCAGUCCCAAGCUGAGGACCAAAUCCAGGACAAAAAUAUGGAGCCUGACAGCUUAGAGGAGGGAAGCUUGAGUGAGACAGAAGAGGAAGCGAACAGAAAAGCGGCCCACAGGGCCAGCAAGGACAACCUGGGAGCACGUGAUGGUAUAAACCUCAGCCAGCGUCACGUAGAAGACAAAUAUUCAGACCUCCGAUAUGAUCCCAAUUGGAAGGAUAAGAGAGAGGAGGUGCAGCCAUUGGCUAUGGAAGCCUUGCCAGGGUCUGCGGACAGCUCUUCAGAAAGCCUGCCUCUGGCUCCGCUCUACCCUUCCAGGGAGCCAUCAAUGGGACUCUCCGCAGGGAACAGCAAAGGGAAGAGGAGUCCUCAGAGCGAAGCCUCCUUGCUUGGAAGCGAGUUCCUAAGCCCAAACUAUGAGUGUGGCACCCAUCGAAACGAGUCCCUUUCAGAACUAAGUGACAGUGACCAGGAGGAGAAGUCCAGCAACCUCUCCCGGUACCUAAAAAGCUCAAGUUCACACAACGAAGUUUUCCUGCCGGGAUCACGGGGGCCCCGGAGAAGGAAGUCCAAACAAUAUUUUGUGGAAAAAAACAAGCUGACUUUGGGAUUACCGACUCCUAAACCAGACUCUUACCUUCAACUUCAUAAUAAAAGAAGAGGGGAGACCCGCCUUGAACAGAUCGCCCAUCCCAUCGGAGGCACUGGCAAGAUGACUGUCCAGAGCGACAAAGGAGUCGAAGACACUUCCGUGGAUCCCGAGGACAAAUGGAGUCAGAGAGCAAAGCAGCUCAAGAAUUACCAAGAACACUUGUCUCAAUAUGAAGAUACAAAAUCGGGCAGUGUCCCAAGAGGUCAGUCCUCCGAUACAGCCAAUGGGCAGCAACCUUCCAAGAGAACAGGCAAGGCCAGGGUUCGGAAACAGAAGAAACGCCAGAAUGGCCUGAAGUCUCUUGGGACCAAAGAUCUCAUUGUCAGUCAAAAACAUCAGAAUUAUCCUCUCCAACAACCACAAAACCAAAUGCAGCCAAUGGAUGCCUCAGCAAAGCAUGGCCUGGCCACAUAUAUGAAUUCUUCGAAUACAGAUUUGCAGGACUCCCAGACACUCGCCCACAACCCCAAAGUCACCUCCAACACAUUCGUUCCACCCAAGCAGACUUUUGACAGGGUGUUGUAUAAAAACUCUGUCUCGGGGCUGAAUGCUAAUAAAAAAAGAGGACACAAACAUGAAGACGAGAAAAGAUCUUUGUAUGAGCAGCAACCCCUCUACAUGCUUUCUGAUAUGGAUCUGCAAGACUUUAAUGAACCUUUUCACAGACAUGUGUCCCUGAGCCAGAAAGGCCCUCAGUCUGAUUAUGACAUGAACACACACAGGUCAACGAAGAUCAAGAAGCCAUCCAAACAGCCACAGGCAGAGACAAAGUACAAGAACAUAGAGAUGCUAUGGAAAUUCCACUCUUCCUCAGACGCGGACCGCGUCAGCGCCUCUCCAGACUCCCGGCUUGCCCAGAUCAUGGAACAGCAUCAGCAAGCCUUGGUGCAGCUGGCAGAAGUGCAGCCCAGCGAGGGCUCCUUAUCCAGCGCCACACUCCCGCCUAUCCUGUCCAGGGUGGAAAGUGAAUCCCAACUCACUUCAGACAGAAGCCACCGACAGCAGAUGAAGAUGGCGCGUAGUAAUUCGGAAGGCUACCUGCUGCAGCUGGAAAGGGGGAAGAAGCACAGGAAGCGCAGCGGCCCCAAGAGUUCCAAGCUGAAAGGCUAUCAGAAAAGAGACGUGAAGCUUGGAGGCCUGGGACCUGACUUCGAGUCUGUCAGAGACAAAAUGCAAAAAUUAAUGCAGCAGAAAGCAUACGCAAAGCAAGUCCAGGAAUACAACAUGAAGACACUGUCUGUUCUGUCCAAACCACAGACAGCAAAACCUGAAAGUAAAUCAGUGAUUUCUCGGCAGAAGGCUUUGGAAUAUGCUAAAACCAUCCCCAAACCCAAACCACCAAGUCUGAUGGAUCAAGCACCAAAGAAAACUAAGAAGACACAGAACAGUGAAAAAGAAGGAGGCUUACCAGAAAUCUCCCUGCUGGAGAUCCUGCAGAGCAGGCACGAGAGAGAAAAGCAGGCCGUGGCCGCUUUCAAAGUCCUUCACAUUGUCUAGACAGCGUUUGGUGGGGAUCAGAACUGCCAUGAAAGAGACACGGAGAAACGAAACAAUUCCAUCUACACUGAGUGGCAACCCGGCACUGUCAGCUGCCGGCCGCCUUUGUCUGCUCUGUACAGAAGUUAUUGUGGGGCCCAGGCAGACACUGGGACGUGUUUAACCUUCUGGAUAUGAAAAUACGUACAAUUAUUUAUUUUCCAAUCCUUUAGAAUUUGGACUAAUAGAGAGCUAGACA